AUUUGAAAAUUCAAAUCUCCAUCGCCGCCAUAAACCCUCCCCAAACGGUCGAAUUUUGAAUUCCUUAAACUAGCACACUCUCUCUCCUCCCAACUCUCUCUCUCACACUCUAAGCUUUGUGUUUGAAACCCGUAUCCAAGAUUGAACGAAAGUCUCCAUUAUUGAUUUCUACAUCUUUGAGAUCUCGAGUUUUAGAGCAUGUCUACCUCCCAAAGGGAUCCACUUUCGCAAGUGGAAACGACAUGUGGUACACUUCUGUAUGAAUUGCAGAUAAUAUGGGAUGAAGUGGGGGAAUCCGACUCUGAAAGAGACAGAAUGUUGCUUGAGCUUGAACAAGAGUGCCUUGAAGUUUACCGGAGAAAAGUAGACACAGCAAACAAGUGCAGAGCUCAGCUAAGGCAGGCAAUUGCAGAUUCUGAAGCGGAUCUUGCAGCUAUAUGCUCAGCUAUGGGGGAACGACCAGUGUAUAUCCGACAGCAGUCUGAGCAAAACUUGAGGGGCUUAAAGGCAGAACUCAGAGCAAUUCUCCCAGAAAUAGAGGAGAUGAGGAAAAGAAAGUAUGAAAGAAAGAAACAAUUUAUUGAAACGUUGGAGCAGAUUCAGAAGAUAAAAAACGAGAUUAAUAGUUUUACUUCCCUUUCUACCUGCAUAGCAGUGGAUGAAAGUGAUUUAUCUUUAAGAAAGCUCGAAGAAUUGCAAAGAGAACUUCAAGCUCUUCAGAAAGAAAAGAGUGAACGACUUAAGCAAAUAAUGGACCAUCUAAGUACUUUGAAUUCUCUAUGCUUGGUGCUUGGUAUGGAUUUCAAGCAUACCGUCAAUGAGGUCCAUCCAAGUCUUGGAGAAUCUGAAGGAGCAAAGAACAUUAGCAAUGACACCAUACGAGCUUUAGUUGUAGAAAUCCAGAGAUUGCGUGAAGUUAAAAUACAAAGGAUGCAACAGCUACAAGAUCUUGCAACUUCAUUGUUGGAGUUGUGGAAUUUGAUGGACACACCAGUUGAAGAGCAACAAAUAUUUCAAAAUGUUACGUGUAAGAUUGCUGCCUCAGAAAUUGAGAUAACCGAGCCAAAUAUGCUCUCUUUGGAAUCCAUUGAUUAUGUUGCUAAAGAAGUAUCACGUUUGGAAGAUUUUAAAGCAAGCAAAAUGAAGGAGCUUGUUUUAAGAAAGAGAUCAGAGCUCGAAGAGAUCUGUCGGAAAACCCAUAUGCUCCCAAAUUCAGAUAUUUCUUUGAGUAUUAUUAUUGAAGCCAUUGAGUCAGGAGCUGUUGAUGCCACUAGUGUGCUUGAGCAGAUUGAGCUUCAGAUAGCUCAAGCGAAGGAAGAAGCUUUCAGCAGGAAGGAAAUACUUGACAAGGUUGAAAAGUGGAUGACUGCCUGUGAGGAGGAGUGCUGGCUUGAGGAGUAUAACAGGGAUGAAAAUCGCUACAAUGCUGGCCGAGGUGCCCAUCUUACCCUGAAGCGCGCUGAGAAAGCCCGUGCCUUGGUUAAUAAACUUCCUGCAAUGGUCGAGGGACUGGCAUCCAAAAUCAAGUCAUGGGAAAAUGAGAGGGGAAUUGACUUUCUUUAUGAUGGGAUUAGCCUUCUUUCCAUGCUUGAAGAGUAUCACAUUCUGCGGCAAGAAAAAGACCAAGAACGCAAAAGGCAGAGGGAUCAGAAGAAACUUCAGGGGCAGCUGAUAGCAGAACACGAGGCUCUUUAUGGAUCAAAACCUAGUCCAAUGAAGAACCAAAGCAAGAAAGGUUCUCGGCUGUCCUGUGGUGCCGUAAGUAACAGAAGGAUGUCUGUUGGAGGCAUGCAGACUCCCAAACCUGAAAUACUACAUCCCUCAAAAGCAACUCCUAAUACGCGCCAUGCCAAGAAGGCUGAGCAUGUACUUCAGUAUGACCAAUCAAACCUUUCUACAGCUGAUGAUGGGUUUUCAUCUUUAUCCACAGGUCGCAGAGGUUUGGACAUAGCUGGUCUUCCCAUGGUGCGAAAUCCUUUCUCACCAAUUUCUUCAACAGAUUCCUCUAGGUCCAACAUUUUGGAAGAACUCGACAGGAAACACAAUGUGAUGAUUCAGAAAACAAUAUUUACCACACCCGUCAAGACAAUUCCCCACGUCGAAGAUGAGAACAGAACUCCCAUCCCUUCAACGCCAUCAACAGUGUGUAUUCCCAUGCAGACAGCUUUGACACCGGUCCCUCAUAUAUAUGGGAAGGGAGUGGAAGAAAUUGAAUACUCCUUUGAAGAGAGAAGGGCUGGAUUUUUUCUUCCAAUACUGUCUUGAUUCAUAGGGUCUUUUUUCCUGAUUUUAAUUUCUACUACGUAGCACUUUUUUUUUUGCAAUGUUUAGUCACUAAAUGCCAAUUGUAUUGGCGGCAUCUUCACAUUUGUCUCUGAAAAAUUGUGUGCUUUGUGCUUCAACAUCAUUAUGCUUUGAAGCACUUCAUCCAGCCAGCAGCAUGGGGGAAGACUGAGGAGCAGGAAAAAU